UUUUUCCUUCGAUUUUAUUUUGCAAAAUGAUAGCUUAGUUCUUUAUCUUUGUGUUUAUCAGAUGGUGAAGAAGACAGACAAAAAGAAGGGGCGCUCUGCCAUCAACGAAGUCGUCACUCGUGAAUACACAGUAAACAUCCAUAAGCGAAUCCAUGGAGUUGGUUUUAAGUACCGUGCCCCUCGUGCCAUUAAGGAGAUCCGCAAGUUUGCAGAAAAAAUGAUGGGCACCCCUGAUGUUCGUAUUGACACUCGAUURAACAAGCACGUCUGGUCUAAAGGAAUCAAGAAUGUUCCAUACCGAGUACGUGUUCGCUUAGCCCGCAAGAGAAAUGAAGAUGAGGAUUCUGUUCAUAAACUCUAUACCCUAGUAACAGUAGUUCCUGUAACAGGCUUCAAAGGUCUUCAAACCCAAAAAGUUGAGAGYGAAGAUUAAUCUCCUUGAUCUGUCAAUAAAAUAUUUCCAUCUGUA